GACACGUGUGUCGUGUUUAAUAUUCUGCAGUUUUUCAUUUACGUUAAAGUCGAGUUUGUUUUUGGUUUCCUUCAUUUUUGUUGUUUUAUGUGCGGCGAUUGAUGAUUAUUUGAAGAUGGAUUGAUUAGUUAAGAUGGCGUCGAAGAUAAGCGGAAGCGGCAGCCAGUGUCAGAUGUUGGCGGGCGAGCAUCCUAGCUGGUCGAGCCCUUCGGUGAGCCCAUCGCCACCGCCGCCGCCGCUCCCGCCUCCUGUGGCGUCGCGAUGGGCGAGGAUGGAGCAGAACAGCGCCGACUGUCCACAUUGCAGGGGCAGACUGGCCUCCUUGCCCACCAGGACCACUUCGUUGAGCAGUUACUCCGGAUGCAAAGAUCGCAACACGCCGAUCCAGCGUCACCACGAGAACGACGAGGACUCGUUUCCGGUGUUGUGCGACAGAGAGCUGCACUCGUUGCACCGGAACGUUCCUGCUUUGAGGCGCAGGGACGUCGACACCGCGACCAUCAAACAACACUAUUAUCCCGAAGGUGGAUGGGGUUGGUUGGUGUGCGGGGCGGCGUUUAUGGCCCACCUACUCACAUCUGGACUGCAGCUCGCCUUCGGACUGCUCUAUCUCUACGUUAUGAAAUUCCUUAUCAGAAAACAUCAGGACAAGGAGUUUUACAUUAUGGCCACAGCAUGGAUGGGUGCCCUUUGUCUCUGUAUCUCAUUCAUAACGUCGCCAUUAAUAGUAGCAAUUUGCAGAAGAAAAUCAACCAGAUUAGCAGCUUUUAUCGGCGGCCUCCUAACAGCAUUAGCUUGCCUCUUCACCUCGUUUGCCGUUCAAUUCCACCAAGCACUCUUAAGUUACGGCAUAGUUUUAGGAAUUGGUGCCGGAAUCGUUAGGGAAACAUCUACAAUUGUGCUUGGACAUUAUUUUAAAAGGCGCAGGGAAUUCGUAGAGAUGGUUGCUCAAGCUGGAACUGGAGUAGGAAUUGCACUAUUCUCUGUUUUAUACAAGGAAGCAGUGGGGAAAUUGGGUUGGAGAUUGGGCCUGCAGGCGAUUACGGGAUUAUUGGCAGUGGCAUUUUUCUUACCAAUCGUCUACCGAUCCGCCAACUUAUACCACCCGCAACGUAGCGCAAUCAACCAUCUGAAGAACCAAAGGAAGAAGGUUAAGGAAAAAAAAUCACACGCCAAAGUGAAAAAACCGCCAAUGUUCGACUUCAGUCCCCUCAAAAGUCGGGGACUCAGGGUCCUUAUUAUUGCCAGCGCCUUUGGUGCCUUAGGAAUAUAUGCACCCAUAUUUUAUUUGGUGUACCAAGGUUAUAAAGAAGGACUAGAAGACUCGGCGUUAGUCCUCUUGCAAACGUUCAUGGGAUUCGCCUCGGCUUUAGGUUGCGUAGGCUUCGGAUUAGUUAUAGUACGACCUAGUUCCCAAUGUCUCAUCUCGAGACAAUACUUGUGCCAAGCCGCAAUGGUCGGAAUAGGUAUAUCUUUACUUGCGAUGAGUGCAGUUCAAGGUUACCACGGUUAUGUCUUGUUCGUGUGGCUGUAUGGAAUAUGCUUAGGCGGUUUUACGUAUUCAUUGAAGAUGUUCGCAUUGGAACGGGUACGAGGAAGGCACUUCACCAAAGCCUGGAGUUUUAUUCAGGGUGCCAAAUCUCUUCCCGUUCUUCUAGGAAUACCUAUUACUGGCUACAUUAACCAAACUUACCCAAAAGCUGGUUACUACUUCAGCUUUGUCACCACAAUAAUUGGUGCUAGUUUGAUGUUUCUGGUGGGCACGCGCAAAGACCACACAAUAAAUACAACGCCAAACAACUGCAACCUGAACAACUGCACAAUUAACAACCUGAACGAAUGCAUUUGCCCCUACAACAACUUGUACACGCCGGAUCUUCCGCCGUACAAUUUUUAUCGACAAGGUUCGAAUCAUUAUGAAAGAAUUUUCUCCUCGAACUACGAUCAGACCUUCGAUCGGUCCAGCCUGCAUCGUCAUUCGUUCAGGAAACCGGAACACCACGCGCACAUUCAGUACCUGCCCAAGAGUCUGAGCUACGCAGCCAAUAUCGACCACACGGGCUAUCCGUAUCACCAUCACAAGCACGCUCACAAUCACCAUCCGGAUUACAUAAGAUACGUGCAUCUGCCCCGAACAAGGAGUAUUCUGAGGCCGAGCAAGAGUGUACCUGAGGGUUUGGCAAGGUGGGACCAAUAUGGAUCGUACCGAAGACCUGUGGUGAGGAAUGUGCAGGUCAUCGAGCAAAUCACCACCUCGGUUUAGUCAAGAAACGCGUUCUUAUGUAUUCAUCCAACGAAUUUUAGGGAGUCUUAGGUGAAAAUGUUUGGAAGAUUAAUACAACGUUCAGGAAUUGAUUAUUAUCACGGUAACAAGAACAACAAUACAGUACAAAUCAUGUAGAUUCGGAUUAUUAAUGUUCCAAUCAUUUUUCAAUUAUAUGGAACUCGUAAAUAUCAAUUUUAAAUGUUGUCACUUUUCAUUGCGAUUGUAUUUUGUAUAAAACCACUGUUAAUUUUUAAUUAUUUAUUAGGAAAGAUACAAGAACAUUAGGUGAUUUUUGUUUGUGAUCAAUAUCCUAAAUAUUUUGUUAAAAUUGAGUAAUUGUAAAAUAGUUCAUUUGUCUAGUCAUUGUUACAUUUUUAAAUAAAAUAUAUCAUAAUUAAAAGAGUAUAUAAAAGACUUUAAAAUAAACUAAUGCUUAUUUUGCUAGAGUAAGAAAAAUAUGUGGUAGAAGGCUUGAAGUGUUCAUGAACCUAUAGAUAUUUUCCUGUUAUAUUUUCCAAAACAAUUGUCUACCACAUUUUUAGGCGAUUAUGUUGUUGAUUUAUUUCGAAAUUUUAGAUAAAAGUAUAUUUCAGCAAUAUAAAUGGUUGUGAUUGCAAUUUAUUUAAUACUAGCACAUGUUAGAUUGAAAUAUUAAAAUCUAAAUUAGCGUUAGCAUUAUAUAAUUCAAUUUUGUAGACGAUUAAUGAGGGAACAAUACACUUAACUAAAUGUAUAUUUAAUAGAUACUCUAUAAAAAUAUAUAAGACUUAACAUAUUGUUAAAACACUCGUCAAAUUAUUUACAACUUUUAGUACCUUUCUAAAGUACUCGUUCAUAAUUUAUUUGAGAGAUCAUUGUUUA